UCGCCGGCGUCUGCUGCCACCAUGAAAAAGAAGGCGGAGGGCGGCACUGGAUGCAGCCACAUCAGCGCAGCCAAGGCUGUCUCAUCCAAAUGCACGAGGAGCAACAGCGGGCAGAACUGUCUGGACCCUGGCUCUCCCGGGGCAGCGAGCGCUAACCUGUCCGGUGUGCCCAGCAACGUCGUGAUGGACGAGACCGAGGACGGAGAAGAGGAGUCCAAGUUUCAGCAUCCGCGGUUGCGCCGAGCUGGGGGGAGCGGCAGCGGCGGAGGCGGAGGAGGAGGCGGCAGUAUCAGGAUGAAGAACUUUACGCCAGGAGGGGGAGCCUCGUCCUUGGCUUCCAGGAGAAACUCCAACAAGGAACCCUGCCUUACGCACACAGAGGACGCUCCUGCCGCCCCACGGCCCACUGCUGCCUCCAGAGCUACCGAGACACCCUUUCCGGGCGAUGCUGCCCAACGCGGCGAGACCUGCAGAGCUUCUGGGGUGGAGGCGUCGGAAUCAGCGGUCGCGGUAGAGGUUUUAAACGCGACAGCGGGUGAUGGUUGCAACGGCGUUGCUCCAAUUUCCAGCAUGAAAUGCAACAAAAACGGAGAAUGCAGGAGGGACUCGGGUACCGGGAGCCUGCGCUCAAUCAUCUCCAAGACGGAGAAGCAGACCGGGGGAUCGGGGAGAGCCGAGGACGGGGGGGGCGCCAAGCGAGGAGCCUGUAACUCGACCACCGCCAGCAUGGACGGCUCGAUCACGCCAGGCGGGUCCCUGACCGGGGGGCACGGAGGAGAAAGCGCAAACCCCGGCGCAACCCCCGUGUCCAGCGGAGUCCCCGAGAAAAAGGACUCCAAGGUGUCCUUCUCUAACGCACCAAGCCGGAAAGCCUCGUCCUCGCUACACGGCCCGGCUCAGACUCAGACCCAGCAGCCUAGGAACUCUGUCACUUUCCAGAAGCCGGAGGAUGGCCCGGCAAUUGUGCCCGCCGAAGAUGCAGAACCUCGGGGAAGCCAAGCCAGCUUCAUGCAGCGGCAGUUUAGCAGUAUGCUGCAGCCUGGAGUUAACAAAUUCUCCUUGCGCAUGUAUGGUAGUCAAAAAGCAGUGGAGAGAGAGCAGGAGAGGGUAAAAUCAGCUGGAAAUUGGAUUAUCCACCCUUACAGCGAUUUCAGGUUCUACUGGGAUUUUACAAUGCUGCUUUUCAUGGUGGGCAACCUGAUCAUCAUCCCCGUGGGCAUCACCUUCUUCAAGGACGAGACCACGACGCCCUGGAUCAUCUUCAAUGUGGUGUCCGAUACCUUCUUCCUCAUGGACCUUGUGCUUAAUUUUCGCACUGGAAUCAUCAUCGAGGACAACUCAGACAUCAUUUUGGACCCUAAAACCAUUAAGAAGAAGUACUUAAAAACUUGGUUCAUUGUAGACUUUAUCUCCUCCAUCCCAGUGGAUUACAUAUUCCUUAUAGUAGAGAAGGGGAUCGACUCAGAGGUAUACAAGACUGCUCGGGCCCUGAGGAUCGUCCGCUUUACCAAGAUCCUGAGUCUCCUGAGGCUGUUGAGGCUCUCCAGAUUAAUACGCUACAUCCACCAAUGGGAAGAGAUCUUUCAUAUGACCUAUGACCUAGCCAGCGCGGUGAUGCGGAUCUUUAACCUGAUCGGUAUGAUGCUGUUGUUGUGUCACUGGGAUGGCUGCCUACAGUUCCUGGUCCCCAUGCUGCAGGAGUUCCCAUCGGAUUGCUGGGUGUCCCUCAACAAGAUGGAGAACGACACCUGGUCAGAGCUGUACUCCUUUGCUGUUUUCAAAGCAAUGAGCCACAUGCUGUGCAUUGGUUAUGGCCGCCAAGCCCCGGAGAGUCUAUCAGAUAUCUGGCUCACUAUGUUGAGUAUGAUUGUAGGAGCUACGUGCUAUGCUGUUUUUAUUGGCCAUGCAACAGCUCUCAUCCAGUCCCUGGACUCCUCCAGACGGCAAUAUCAGGAAAAGUACAAACAAGUGGAGCAGUACAUGUCCUUCCACAAGCUGCCUGCUGACUUCCGACAAAAAAUCCACGAUUACUACGAGCACAGAUACCAGGGCAAGAUGUUCGAUGAGGAGAGCAUCCUGGGAGAACUCAGUGAGCCCCUGAGAGAAGAAAUUGUGAACUUCAACUGUCGCAAGCUGGUGGCGUCGAUGCCGCUGUUUGCCAACGCAGAGCCAAACUUUGUGACCGCCAUGUUGACUAAGCUACGUUUUGAGGUAUUCCAGCCACAAGAUUACAUCAUUCGGGAGGGCACUAUUGGCAAGAAAAUGUAUUUUAUCCAGCAUGGAGUCUGCAGCGUCAUCACCAAGGGAACGCUUGCAAUGAAACUCUCUGAUGGCUCUUAUUUUGGAGGUAAGAUAUUUUUUUUAUGGUGCCAUUGUUUUUUUAACCUUUUUGUAAGCGGUGGCAUUUUCUGUUUCCCCGUUUCAGAGAUCUGCUUACUGACAAGGGGUCGGCGAACAGCCAGCGUGCGAGCGGAGACUUACUGUCGACUUUACUCUCUGUCUGUUGACCACUUCAAUGAAGUGCUGGAAGAAUACCCCAUGAUGAGAAGAGCCUUUGAGACUGUUGCCAUUGAUCGUCUAGACCGCAUAGGUAAAAAGAACUCCAUCCUGAUGCACAAGGUGCAGCAUGAUCUCAACUCUGGUGUCUUCAACAACCGGGAGAAUGAGAUGAUUCAGGAGAUCGUCAAGUAUGACCGUGAGAUGGUAAAAUUAGUAGACCUGCAGCGGCCACGGGCCAUGUCUAUGACCCCUUCGCUUGGCGGCAUCUUUGCCCCUCCGGGUCAGCAGCAGACGGGCUCUGCUAUCGCCACCCUCCAGCAAGCUGUGGCCAUGAGCUUUUGCCCUCAGAUGGCAAGUCCUUUGGUGGGUCCAGGGACUCUGCAGUCUCCACGCAUGGUGCGAAGGUUUCAGGUGAUGCAGAACCUCUCCAGUCCAGUCUCCAUGUCUCCUCUGCAGUCUCAGCCCCCUCUGACGCUCGGAGGGGCAUUUGGAUCGGCAAUUUCGAGUCCCCCAGUCCAAAGUCCGCUUGCAGCUUCAGGACGGACUUUCCAGCACAUGGCAAGCGUGGGACCCUCUGGGUCCCAGCUGUCCCUAGUACAGCAUCAUGCACCAAGCCCCACACAGACCCAGCAGAGGCCUGCCUCACACAAGAGCACCCACUCCCUGCAUAUGGGGAGCUUGAGUCAGGACACUCGUGCCCUGUCGGCCUCCCAGCCUUCACUCCCCCAGGAAAUAACACCGCAAGCUGCCUCUGCAGCCCCUAGCCCCCCACCCUCCACUCGCACCUCCAACACCUCCAUUGGACCUCCGCAGCCCCCUCACUCCAGCAUGCCAGGGCCCUCAGGGGUGGGGAGAUCAUCGGGAGCCCAACAGAGGGUGGCAUUUGCCUCCACACCUCCUCCCACUGGACCUGCUGGAAUGGGGGCAGUAGCAGCAGCUGCUGGAUCAGGACCUCCAGACUCUGGAGCUCCCAAGAAAGAUUCAAUUGUCAGCCUUCCAGAGCUAGACUCUGCCAGAUCCCGGCUGUCUUCCAACUUGUGACCCUGGUACAGUUCGAGAAAGAGGCCUUUUUUGUAGGAGAAUCCAUUCGGUUUAGGUCAGUCCGGCUGAUCUGUCAGCUUGCUGAAUGACCAAUCAGCUACCGCCAGCGCCACCAGUUAUUGGACCUGGAUGCACUGUGUGCUGGUGCCAGCAGAAGGAAAAGAGCUACUCAAAGUCUUGAGACACUUUGGCUAGGAGGAGUCUAUACAAUUAAGCUAGUAUAACUUAAGGUUGAACUGGUCUAGUCUACUGUGCCAGCACCUUUAGUCUUAGUAUCACCCCUUUCACUCUGCUUCCAAACACCUACUGUAUAUCGCUGUCUUUUCUGUAAAGAUAUGAAGAAAAGUAUGAUUGAUGUAACUAUUGCAUACUGUGUAGAAUCCAUGCAAUGCAAUCUAGCAGGAGCUGGACUUAAACUGAAAAUCAGGGACUUGAGGUCAAAUGACAAUGACAUUUUAAGCGUCCAAAAGUGUUUUGAGUGUAACUUUUCUGUAUAAGCUGUCGUAGCAAAAGAACACAUUGCUCUUCAUAUUGUUUCAAAUAGUAAUGGAAAUAGUGUUUUAGACCGCUGGUCGAUCUUACAUCGAUGUGUAAAUAGUUGAUGAAAAAAGUACGGAAGGAUAUUAUAUUCAUCGUAUCUACCCAAACCAAAGUUGAGCUUGAACACCAAGUCUGGUUGUGUCUGUAUCAACUAAAAAAAGAAAAAAAAAGAAAAAAGAAAAAAAAAGAAACAUCGAAGAAAAUGCCAUUUAUUUAACUGCCUUGAUUCAACAUUAGAAGCCAUAUAUUUGGUUUGUGUGUAUGUAUACAUGUGGGUGUAAGUGUGUGUGCGUGAGUUUGUUGAUAUGUUUUGGUUCUACUUUCAGAGAAUGGACUCACACUCUACACUGCACGGUUGGUUUGACAUGCCGAUGGUGGUGCUGACCUGCUUUCGUGAAACACCUCUGAAGCCGGUCGGGUUACAAUCAGCCACCCACCAAAGCCGGUUUGGUGGGUGGCUGAUUGUAACCCUGAAGGCAAAGGUGGUUAAAAUAUCUGAGCUUUACUCGAAGGAAACAUUUGUGAACAACCCAUACUGUAUACUUGCUUGUUUCUGUCUAGGUUUAUUGAUUAACACAUGCAAUAUAAUUCUGCAAUACUCUACCCCGCCUAUAUAUAUAAAUAUAUAUGAAUAUAAAUAUCUAUACAUAUGCUGUACAGGAAAGUGAACUUCUUUCUUUUUCAUAUUGUUUUGUUUUUAAUGUGAAAUCUUAAAGAAUCCAGCAGCUAUUGUGGCUUCACUUGAGGUAUUGUAAUCCAGUGACCAUGUUGUUACCUUAACCAAAAAUGCUUGAGAGAAUGAAAGGACUUGUAGUGUAAUUCUUAUUUUGUUUUGUUUUGUUAACACUUGAGAGGAACAAACUGUUUAAUUCUGGUUUCAUGUCACAGGAAGAAUCCACGCUUUGAGUUCAGCGGGUCAGAACCUUAAAAAGAAGAAAAAAAAAAUCAGUUUAGCUAAACUAAUUCUCUCUGAUGUUCAAUUGUGAGAUAAAUGGGGGUUGAGGGUAGGCAAUAUGGGGGCAUAAAAUGCCUCACAUGUAAAGAAAAAGACAAGAAAAAAAAAAGAGAAAAAAAAACGUACUUGCUCUAUAUCAAAGUCUUUAUGUGUCCCAUUUCACCCAAAACUCCCAUGAAUGUCUCAACAUUUAGGGUUGAGGCUUGGAUAGCUGGUUAUAUUUACUCAAAAUACUCUGAUCCUGUUGAACCUGAAAUACUUCUCUUGCUGAAUGUACGCCAUACGAGAAGGAAGACAGCUAAUCAGAUAUAAACUGCCAUGUAAAUAAAGGGACAGUGAUUUAAAGAGGCUUUUAUGAUGCAAGGGGCGGUUGUGGGCAUUGUAUGUGUUGCUGAGUGUCCGUGUGAUCUUUUUUUUAUGGUUUAAUGAUGCUUCUCUGGGUUGAACAUUGCUAUAUUUAACCUGUACCAGAUCUACCACAAGAGGAUCUCUCUUCUUCUUCUUCUUUCUAUUAGUUUAUUUACUGAAGUGGGCGUGAACAAGAGUGAGUCGUAACAACUUUGAUCUCCUUGGUCCAAAGUGAGCACUGAGGACGUCCAAUUAAGCACCUUGUGUUGCACUACGACCUUGUAAUCAAAAUGAAAAAUCGAUGCUCUAUUCUCUUAAAAUGGUUGCAGUACUUCUCUCGGAUCCAUUAUCUGGUUAAACUGUAAGGAAGGAAAGUGAAUCCAAUUGGGCUAGAAAAUAGGCAGCUGAUUCAUUGUGUUAAACAAAUACCAUGUCCACCUUUUUCAGCUCUGAACAUCGACAGAGUCUAAUUGUAAAAUCGAUGCGAUGGACAUUUCACUCAGGUUUGCUACCUUUCCAGAGAGAUGUAUUGAUUGCCGCAGCGUGGCUUUCCAUUGAUUUAUGUAGACUUGUCUAUCCUCCCAUCAUCCACUUGUUGAUUUAACCGUGCUGGAAGGUUCCCCUUGAAAUCUGAUUGGCUCAGAUAAAUAUGGAGGAUCUACUGAAGUCGUAACCCUGAGAUUGUUAUUAGUGUAACACUCUGCCCGUUUGGUUGUGAUCACUUAUCCUGCGAGCUGUUUGAAACAAGGCGUAGGUGAUUGUUUUUAUCCAAGGGCUUCAUUAUAUGGCUUGUAAAUCCUGGCUCAUUGUUACUGUAGAGCAGCCACAUGUUCUCUCAUCUGUUUAAUUGAUAACAUGCACUAAACCUCAUUGUUUGUCAUACCUUGGUUACAAAGCUGUGACCCUCCUUCAUCAGCAACACUCUUUUUGUAUUGCUUUUUGUUUCCUAUGGGAAAGGUACAUGCCAAAAUGCCAAUAUGAUUGUGAAUGAAGUCCAUUUGAGUCAAUGGCUGUUGUGCGCUUCAGUACUGUUCCAGUGCAAUCAAUUGGUCCUCUUCCCCAAUCCUUUGUGCUAAUACCAGAGUUUGCCCUAUUAAGCUGCUAUCAGGACUCUGCUGAUAUUAUUUGAAUGAGACCACAGUCAGUGAGAGUAAGAUGGAAGGAGAGUUAAAGAGCUAAUGUUUCAGGCAAUAUCAGGCGCCGUCUCUGUUUCAUUGCAUCCAACCAGUAGGAUAUGUGUGUAACUCACUCCCACUCAAAGGAUGGCGUCCCAGACACUUUGAUCAGUACCGCUCUGUUUGAACCCUCGGCCAUGAGGCGGAUACAGCCCUGGCCAAGCACAUACUUCUGUCAGUUAUCUGUCAAGUGUUCAGUCUGCUGGCUUAAAGCCACCGUCAACAUGUUGUGUGAGUGUAUGUGUGUGUGAUGUUGCGCUGUAUUUGCCUGAUGACAGGGGGUUCAAAGUGUGAUUGUUUAAUGGUUCUUCUUCUGGGUCUUGCUAUUUAGUGGGAUUGAAAGCCCUCAUACAUGUUUGACACUGACUGACAAUUAUUGAGAAUCUCUAAGUUUCAAACCUCUCAUUCAUGCUGUACCGGUUGUUAAGGGUACCGAAUGCCUUGGUGUUGACAUGUUAGCAAAUCAGGGUAUUGUUUUAUUUGUAAAACUGUCUUUGAGUAAUCAGUCUGUUUUGUUCGGUUGUUGUUUUGCAGUUUGUUUUUACAAUGUGCCCCAUGCACACGGACUGUAUAUACCUUGUGCCUAGUACAUCUAGUUUCCACAUAGUCUAUUUUUGUGGUUUGUAUGUGCCUGUAAAAAUGCAAAUCUGUGUUCUUAUUUUCAACUUGCAAUAUAUGUAAAAAACAAACAAACAAAAAAAACAUUAGAAGAAGACUAGUAUUGCUGAAUUACGAUGACAAUGUCAGUAUAUACAAUUUUCCCAGAUACGGGAAACACAAAAUUGCACAUUUUUGUUGGUUUGAGCCUUCCAACACCAUGCGCGCUGUACUCUGUACUCUCAUGUUCUGUACAUAUGGUAUACACAGAGAUGUGGGGCACAUUGUUGUGUUUUUACCACAGCCUGCUGUAUAAGAUACAUUUUUUUUACAGUGAGAGGGUGAGCUCUGAAAGGCUUCUGGUGGAUAUCGGCAGUCUAGACGUUAGCUUAGAUGAUCCGCUCACUGCAAAGAGCCAAAAACGACAGAAAGUAAUAAACAAACUGUGGAGAUACUUGCACAAUAUCAAUACAGUAACAGAAGUUGGCUGUGCACGUGCUGGAAACAACGUUCUUAAAACAUAUUGUUGCACAGCUAUUUACACUCUGAUGCUGGUUGCACACUGAUCAAGUCUUUGCCAUUUAAGAAAAGCUCUCUCUUAGGCUGAAUUCGACUCAUGAGCAGUCAUGAGCUUGACCUACCAUACCUUGGCAGAUAAUAGCAGAGUGCAUGUUUGUAUUUUUCUUAUCUAAGCAGAGUUCUGUGUACAAUUCUUAGUGGGACCUUCAAAUCUAGACAUUGUUGUGUACCAAACUACUGUACAAUGAUUUUAUUUAGUCUAACAGUUAAACUUUUGUGUCGUAGCUACUGUAGCCUGCUUAGCUUACCUAAGCCUUCUCUCUGCUUCAGGACUCUGUGUGCUUGAGUUUGUGUGUGCGUGUGUGUGUUCCUGUGCCUUUCCUUCUAUAAUGUUGGUCCCACUUGAGAAUAUGAUGCCAUUUAGGGGGUUUUAAAAACCCACAUGAAGCCGAGAGAGAUGUGUGUUAAAUGGUCACAACUACAUUUGUUCUACAGAAGAGGAAAAAAAAGAAAAAAAAUGAAAGAAACCACUGUAAUGCUCCAAGAAAUCACUCUAGCACAUCCCUAGACUUAGUAGCAUUCCACAGCCUGCACGAAUAGCUCAGUGUGGGCAUCCAGACACACUUUACCAGCACCAUGUAGACGACAGCACAGAUAUCUGACACAGCAUGUGUUCUCUCUCUCUCUGGAGGCCAGUCUGCAACCAUCUCAGGCUGUGCUCUGCUUCUGCUCUUAACAGAACGAUUUAAGUAUUUUGAAACUCCAGCUCUGUCUAAGUUGAUGUCUACAACCCAGGACAACUCAGCUCCCAGCCCAAGCUGCAGCGCUACCAAAUCAGUGUCAAAGGAUUUAGAUGGAUACUUGGCAUGCUUGUAAUAUUUGCCUGCAUCCAGUCCUUGCGGACCGAGAUGCUGGUGGCGAGGGCAUGGGGCUGAUUUGAACCUGUUUCUAAAAAGGCUGUCUUGUCCACCACCUCUGCUGGCCAAGAACACAGAGCCACACCCUGGUGUCUCUCAAUAAGCUGGUCUGUCAGUCAGUGGCAAUGUUGUUUAAGCAUUCGUAAACAGACAAUACAUUGUUGUGCAAUAAAAAGAUGAGCGCAU